UCAGAUGGAAGAUGAUGUUUAACUUUCUCGGCUAGUUACCGACCUCUUCGACCGUUUAUCUUUGCCUCGUUUUUUUAAUUGGGGUCGUUCUCCUCUUCGUUAUGAUGCCAUUUUUAGCUACUUGCAUAUAUUCCCCAAUAAGUCUCUAUUGCUCUCUUUAAAAGGCCCGCAAGGGGUUCAUAUAAUAUCCGAAAUAUCUAAUACGUUAUGGUAUCGGUCUUUUUAUUGAGGGAUAGCUAUUCAUAAUAAUACUGUAGGGAACCCUCGUAUGCUGAUGCUGGAAAGCUCGACGAGUGUGGUCGUAUCUGACUCCCGAAGCUCUGGGUCUGGUCAUGUCACGAACAAUCAGAGCUGGAGAUGAUGAAGUAAAAGUGGCGUAUGUCUCCAUUCACACAUGGAAGACACUUGAAAAAUAGACUUUAUCCCCUUCCAUCGUCUCCGCCUAAGCAUUUUUAAUUAUGGAUAGCAUCUUCUUAAGCUCAGUCAGCCUGGGUAUCCUGGUGGAAAAGGAAAUUGUGGUGCGCAUAGAAGACAAGACCAAUGGAGACUCAGCACCAUCUCUCCCAUCCUCUGUUGUAUCUGUCGUUCGCUCUAUAUCCAACCUAACGAAAGAAACAAAAAUAUCUGAGCUGCGCGAGACGACUUCGUCUCUGCCAUCUGGCAAGAUGCUUGCCCGUCCUAACGCCGGCGAGGAUUGCCGAAAAGACCUCGUGGAGUUCCUUCAAGGGCCUCCACCUCCAGGGAAUCGCAUGUCAAUACCUGACAAUGCAAGUAUUUCUUCGACUGAUACCAAAUGGGGCGUCUUCAAAGUCUUUCGCAAGAAGCGGAAGCGCAGGAAACGUCGCCAACCGCCACUUAUCAAGCUUCCAGACUCAGCUGUUUCUGCUAGAACCAUCGACGGCCAUCGAUAUAUUGCCAUUUCUAUCCCGAUUAACUAUUCAACAUUCAGCCCCGUUCCUUUACAAUAUCCGACAGUCAGUAAUCCAUCGCGUAAAUCGACCUCUGAUCCUCGCAGAAAUACCCUCAAGACCGUUACUGAAGAUCACGAAUCAUUGUCCUCUAUAUCUCUCGCAACAAAGUCGGCGACGCAACAGGAAGGGGUUACCGAAUUGGCACCUCCCCCUAGAAAAGUUUCCUUGCUUUCGACGGUGCCUUCGCAGGCUUCUCAGGAAGAGAUAACUUCUAAGAAAGGAAAAGAAUUAGAUACAUGGGGUAAAGCAGAAAAUAUCAUAGCUCGCCAAGCACUGAUGACGCCUUUGAUAUCUAAUAAGACAUCAUAUAUCACUGAUCAGGAAUCCAAGUCUCCCACGCGGGAUCGUGCGCUACAACAAGAGCAUCAGAAGAAGGCAUCGGAAUCUAUUGGACCCGAACUUGGAAAGGUCCCUCGGGUUAUUGAGAUUACGCCAAAGAAACUCAAGAAACCGCCUCCGGCCACCGAGUCGAUCACACACGAAGAUCAUGAAACGCCAAAGAACGAUUCAAAGGAUGCUAGCAAAUCUACUAAGCCUCGGCGCUUUCUCUUGACGAGCUCUUUGAGUGCGCCGGUAUUGCCAGUUCGAACUUCGAGCCGAAGGGCUCCACUGACGUUUUCUGGAAGAAGCGAUAUUGAUAAUGUUGCUAGCCGCCGACCCAUGCUACUGACCGCCAACUCUGAUAAUGGCGAUGGAAACGGUCGUGGAACUGGUCCUUGUGGCUCGGUUACUGAGAGUCUGAGAACGACGGAAUCGUCGCCUAGAUUGUUCAAGGCGCAGACUGCUACGGCAUACCAAUCUGUUCCCAUAGUUGUACGGCCACCUUCGCAUCCAGACGCCGAGUCACCUCUGAAUCUCAAUUUCCCUACACCACCUUCAAAUAACUCGAUCAGAGCCAAUAGCUCAGACCAUGUAGAAAUUCUAUCACCUCCCGCAGUAGCCAAGGUAGUUUCGAGUCGGAAAGAUCGGGUACGGGAACGGAAACAGAAAGAUAUAGAGAAGUUGAAGGCGCAGUUGCGUCAGACCAAGGCUCCUACGUCGGGGGUAGUAGUUGACGAUGACUGGCCGGAGUCUCCUGUUCUCGGCCGAUUUGGUCACAAUAUAGGCCCCCUGUCUUCAAAGCCAUACUUAACAGCUAAACUAUCGGAUAUCGGCCCAAUCAGGUCUGUGAUGCAUCUGAAAUCGCCUUACUUGUCACCUGAAGCUGCCAUCAAGAAACGUCGCCAAAGAAGUGCGAGCGUCCCAGCCAUGACAAGUUCGUCAUCACCAUCCCCGAUAGCAUCGCCCAUGCCUUGGGAAGGUAGUACAGCCUAUUAUCGCCGAAGAGAAAAGCAGGCGGAGCGAGAAGAGAAUGAAGCUAGAGUAAGGAGAGAAAAGUAUGCCGCCCAGAGGCUGGCAGAGGAGGCAGAGCUUCAGGAUAAAAUAGCACACCAGAAGCUCCUCCGGCGAUACGAAAAGUUAAAGGAGAGUCGUACUAGGGAUAUGGAGAAACGGCUGCACCGGCUAGAGCGGAAUGGCGAGGUUCUCAUGCAGUCUAUGGUGUCUUUGAUGGACACCCUCAAUAGACUGUUACAGGAUCAACAUCAAAAUCCCCUACAACGAAGUGCUACCGUUCGUAAUACAACUACUUCUGCCUCCCGCCCGCGCCGAAAACACACCGAAAUUGGCCGAGGACGCGCCCAAUCCCUAAGGUCUAUACGUAGCUAUGACAACUUACGUGAAAUCCUGCGGACGGGGUUAGAGCGAGGGACGACGCAGCUUCAAAAACAAAACUCACCAAAUCCACGUCAAGCGGAGCGAGAAAGAGAUACUCAAGAAAGAAAAGAGAACGAUGCUACGGGCACACGUGUUAGCAAGUCGGCACUAGAGGCGUUACAAGAACAUCUGCAAUCCCAAACUCGCCAAAUUGCCCAAGGUUCCGGCCACUCCAGCGACAGCAGUAACGACCAGAGCAUCGAUGCGGAUAGUGUCGAAGUCAUGGAACCGCUCAUGCGCGAGUUGCAGGCGACGGCGAGACAGCCCGAGGUCGAAGGGGGAAAGACGUCUGGUUCGGAGCCUGAGAUCUUUAACUUAUUCUGAUUCGGUUGUCGGGUUGGUUGGUUGAUAUCCAUUUGGACCUUUCUCCCGUAGCUGCAGCUAUGUCUUUGGUUGUAACGAGGCAUACCCAGGACUAUUGGACUUAGUUAGCUUUCUUAGCUUGCUGGUUUAAAUUUAACUUACAAUCUUUCAUCGCCUACUUAUAUAUUUGUAAUAUAUUUACGCCGAACGGCGUUUAUGAAACUAAUAGGGGGCGUUUUUGGGAUUCUUGUGCAUUAUGUUUAAGUGUGAUAUGUAGGCAGAUGGUACCUAAUUAGGUCUAAUUCCUGAUUUGGGACGAGGCUUUUCCGGGCUUAGAGUGUACGGCUUUGGCAUACCUAGCACUAAACCCAGCACUAACUAGGUACCUAGGUACGCAGCUAGAUGGACACCGAUGUGUUCGUGAGAUUACAGACUA